AUGAACCACGACAGCAGAACCACAACGAAGCUGGACCUCAGCCCCCUGUCGGGCUGCUGGGAGCUGCGCAGCGGAAGUGCCGUCGCCGCCGGGUCGGAGGUGACCAUCAGCUACGGGAAGAAGAGCAACGACACGUUGCUGUUGCAGCACGGCUUCGUGGAGGAGGACAACCCGCACGAGGAGAUUCUCCUCCCGAUGCCUGGAGCUUACUGGAUGAAGAACGAGGCGAAGGGAGUAAAGUCCAUGCGGGGCAAGGACGGCAAGGCGAUGGAUGUUAAGUUUUCUCGCAAAGGCAAGGCGAUGCCCAUGGAAGAGGGCAAGUUCAGGGUGAAGGAGAGCCUGUGGGACUGGAUCGUGGAGUGGCAGAAUGGCCCUCCACCAUCGUGGACCGAUGAUCCCAGAACCUUCGGCCGAGUGUGCAUCGAGACGCUCGACGGGGAGUUGGCGCAGAGGUUCCAGCAGAGCGCCGACGGCGCCAUCCUGGAGAGCCUGGAGUCGCGGGCAACGGCGGAGCUUCUGCUGCAGUGGCGGCGCGAGAAGCGCCGCCUCCUCGGGGAGGCCAUCGCGAAGUACGCGAAGUACAGGGACCUGGAGGCCGAGGUAGACGACGAGACCAGGCGGAACCCUUUGCGUAGUUUUUUUGUGCCUUUCCUCCAAGGAGUAUCCGUCCGAUGCCUUCCUCGGCAAGUGAGCAGGGUCGCGGUGCACCGCCCCAGCGCGGCGUCCUGGCUGACCUGA